AUGGUGCUGAGGAACAGCGGGCGGCGUCGCGCGGAGCCCCGCGGGCGGGGACCCGACGCCCCCAGGGACGAUGGCUCCGGGCUCUCCGCCCUCAAGCGCCUGGAGCGCAGCCAGCGGACCGACCGGCUGGACGCGCAGUUCGGGUUCGAGCGGGCCAAGGAGCCGGGGGAGAAGACGGGCUGGCUGGUCAACAUGCACCCGACAGAGGUUUUGGAUGAUGACAAGCGCUUGGUCAGCAGCGUGGAUUAUUACUUCAUCCAGGAGGAUGGGAGCAGGUUUAAGGUGGCCCUGCCCUAUAAACCCUACUUCUAUAUUGCAACCCGGAAGGGCUGUGAGCGGGAAGUGUCCUCCUUCCUCUCCAAGAAGUACCAGGGGAAAAUCGCCAAGCUGGAAACGGUUCCCAAAGAGGAUCUGGACUUGGUGAGUAGCUGCUCUGCCCCCUGCCCAGUUGCUGACAGGUUGUACAGCUCUAAUGGGGGAGGGGCAUACAAGUUGGGGGAGAGUGAGAUGCAGCCAGGUCUGUAUGGCUCUGUCCUCCUAGUUCUGUAUUCAGCUCAUACCAGGCAUAGGGCCUGGACAUUGAUCAAGGGAAAUAAUGUUGACUCUUGACAGGCACUUUCUCUUCCCUACCUUUCUCCCCAUCCACACACUCCAGCCCUCAGCCCCUUGUUCUGUGGUCUCUUCUCACCCCCAUCUCCCCAACUCCUGCUAUCUUUCUUGGUCCAUCUCCUUUGUCAACCGCCUCUCGCUUGUACAGUCUCUUCCUCCCAUUCUCACUGUCUUUUCCUCAUUGGCCGAUCCGUCCCUUUGUAGCCAAAUCACCUGGUGGGCCUGAAGCGGAACUACAUCAAGCUAUCUUUCAACACUGUGGAUGACCUGGUGAAGGUGCGGCGGG